AUGUCUGCUUUAUUAAAACAAACUUUUGAAAAUGCUAAAAAGCAAGAUAGAAAAGUGUUAGUUAACUUUAUAACUGCUGGUUAUCCAACCAUCGAAGAUACCUUACCUAUCUUAAAGAAUAUGCAACUGGCUGGUGUUGAUAUCAUUGAAUUAGGUAUUCCUUUCUCCGACCCUAUUGCUGAUGGUCCAACCAUUCAAUUAGCUAACAACAUUGCUUUAGAUAAUGGUAUCACUGUACCAAAAUGUAUUGACUUAGUGAAACAAGCUAGAGCUGAAGGUGUUUCAGUGCCUAUUAUAUUGAUGGGUUACUAUAAUCCAAUCUUAAAAUAUGAUGAAGUUAAAUUUGUGCAAGAUUGUGCCGCUGCUGGUGUCAAUGGUUUCAUCAUUGUUGAUUUACCACCUGAAGAAGCUAUCAAAUUCAGAUCUUUAUGUCUUAGAAAUGAAUUAAGUUAUGUUCCAUUAGUUGCUCCUGCUACUACCAAUGAAAGAUUAAAGGUUUUAGGUGAAAUUGCUGAUUCAUUUAUUUAUGUUGUUUCUAAAAUGGGUACUACUGGUGCUUCAAAGACUGUUUCAUCUGGGAUUGAAGAAUUAUGUGCUAGAGUUUCAAGUGUAGUAGGUAAAGAUAUUCCAUUAGCUGUUGGUUUUGGGGUUUCUACAAGAGAACAUUUCUUAGCCGUUGGUAAAGUUGCUGAUGGUGUUGUUAUCGGAUCUAAAAUUGUUAAUUUGAUUGGAGAAUCUCAACCUGGUCAAAGAGGUAAAGUCACCUAUGAUUAUGUUAAAUCCAUUUUAGGUGAAGAUUAUAAAGUUCAAGUUUCUCCUGUUGUUGCUGCAGGUAAAGCUUCUACUUCAACCGAAGAUGCUAAGCCAAUAAUUGAAGAGACUCAUAAAUAUAAUCCAAGAUUUGGUGACUUUGGUGGUCAAUACGUCCCUGAAGCCUUACAUUCUUGUUUAGCCGAAUUAGAAAGAGGUUUUGAAAGUGCUGUUGCUGAUCCAAAAUUCUGGGAAGAAUUUAAAGCUCUAUACUCAUAUAUUGGUAGACCAUCUUCGUUCCAUAAAGCGGAAAGAUUAACUGAAUACGCUGGUGGUGCUCAAAUCUGGUUAAAGAGAGAAGAUUUAAAUCAUACUGGUUCUCAUAAAAUUAAUAAUGCUUUAGCUCAAGUUUUGAUUGCUAGAAGGUUAGGUAAGAAAAAGAUUAUUGCCGAAACUGGUGCUGGUCAACAUGGUGUUGCCACUGCUACCGCUUGUGCUAAGUUCGGUUUAGAAUGUACUGUCUUUAUGGGUGCUGAAGAUGUUAGAAGACAAGCUCUUAAUGUGUUUAGAAUGAGAAUCUUAGGUGCUAAAGUUGUAGCUGUUAAGAAUGGUACUCAAACUUUAAGAGAUGCUACUAGUGAAGCUUUCAGAUUCUGGGUUUCUAAUUUAGAAACUACCCAUUAUGUUGUUGGAUCUGCUAUUGGUCCUCAUCCUUAUCCAACUUUAGUUAGAACUUUCCAAAGUGUAAUUGGUCAAGAAACUAAAGAACAAUUCAAAGCCUUGAACAAUGGUAAAUUACCAAAUGCUGUUGUUGCUUGUGUUGGUGGUGGUUCUAACUCAACUGGUAUGUUUUCUCCAUUUGAAAAAGAUUUGGAAGUUAAAAUGUUAGGUGUUGAAGCUGGUGGUGAUGGUUUAGAUACCGAUAGACAUUCAGCUACUUUAACUGCUGGUCUUCCAGGUGUCUUCCAUGGUGUUAAGACUUAUGUUUUACAAGAUGAUGAUGGUCAAGUGCAUGACACUCACUCUGUCUCUGCUGGGUUAGAUUAUCCAGGUGUGGGUCCAGAAUUAGCUUUCUGGAAAAGUACUGGUCGUGCUGAAUUCAUUGCUGCUACUGAUGCUCAAGCUUUACAUGGAUUUAAAUUAUUAUCUCAAUUAGAAGGUAUUAUUCCAGCCUUAGAAUCUUCCCAUGCUAUCUAUGGUGGUGUCGAAUUAGCCAAGACUUUACCUAAAGAACAACAUAUUGUUAUUAAUGUUAGUGGAAGAGGUGAUAAAGAUGUUCAAAGUGUUGCUGAAGUUUUACCAAAAUUAGGUCCACAAAUCGAUUGGGAUUUAAGAUUUGAAGCUGAUCCUUCUAAAUCAAGUUAG